AUAAAGCCCUGACAUCCCAGGUGCCAGCAGAUGCAGGGAAGGAUGGAGCGAAGACGCAUCACCUCUGCACGUCGCUCUUAUGCCUCCACCGAGACGGUGGUCAGGGGCCUGGGUCCCAGCCGCCACCUGGGUACCAUCCCGCGCUUCUCUCUGGCUCGAAUGCCUCCCCCACUCCCUGCCAGGGUGGACUUCUCCCUGGCAGGUGCUCUCAAUGCUGGCUUCAAGGAGACUCGGGCCAGUGAACGCGCGGAGAUGAUGGAGCUCAAUGACCGCUUUGCUAGCUACAUCGAGAAGGUCCGCUUCCUGGAACAGCAAAACAAAGCUCUGGCAGCUGAGCUGAACCAGCUUCGCGCCAAGGAGCCCACCAAACUGGCUGACGUCUACCAGGCAGAGCUGCGGGAGCUGCGGCUGCGGCUGGACCAGCUUACUGCCAACAGUACCCGGUUGGAGGUGGAGAGGGUCAAUUUGGCACAGGACCUCAGCACCCUGAGGCAGAAGCUCCAAGAUGAAACCAACCUGAGGCUGGAGGCUGAGAAUAACCUGACUGCCUAUAGACAGGAGGCAGAUGAAGCUACCAUGGCCCGUCUGGAUCUGGAGAGGAAGAUUGAGUCGCUGGAGGAGGAGAUUCAGUUCUUGAGGAAGAUCCAUGAGGAGGAAGUUCGAGAGCUCCGGGAGCAGCUGGCCCAACAGCAGGUCCACGUGGAGAUGGAUGUGGCCAAGCCAGACCUCACAGCAGCCCUGAGAGAGAUUCGAACUCAAUACGAGGCAGUGGCCACCAGUAACAUGCAAGAGGCUGAGGAGUGGUAUCGGUCCAAGUUUGCGGAUCUCACAGACGCAGCUUCCCGAAACGCAGAGUUGCUCCGCCAGGCUAAGCACGAGGCUAAUGACUAUCGUCGCCAACUGCAGGCCUUGACCUGCGACCUGGAGUCUUUGCGCGGCACGAACGAGUCCCUGGAGAGGCAAAUGCGUGAACAAGAGGAGCGCCACGCUCGGGAGUCGGUGAGUUACCAGGAGGCGAUUGCCCGGCUGGAGGAGGAGGGUCAAAGCCUCAAGGAGGAGAUGGCCCGCCACCUACAGGAGUACCAGGAUCUACUCAACGUCAAGCUAGCCCUGGACAUCGAGAUUGCCACUUAUAGGAAACUGUUGGAGGGCGAGGAAAACCGCAUCACUAUCCCUGUACAAACUUUCUCCAACCUGCAGAUCCGAGGGGGCAAAAGCACCAAAGAAGGGGAAGGCCACAAAGUCACAAGACAUCUCAAAAGACUCACAAUACAAGUUAUCCCAAUACAGGCUCACCAGAUUGUAAAUGGAGCCCCGCCAGCUCUCGAAACCAGCUUGGACACCAAGUCCGUAUCGGAGGGACACCUCAAGAGGAACAUCGUGGUAAAGACAGUGGAGAUGCGUGAUGGUGAGGUCAUCAAGGAGUCCAAGCAGGAACACAAGGAUGUGGUGUGAGGGGUGCCCACCUGCUGGCUCCAGCCAUACAGCGUGAAGGGCCCAAAGCUCCUCCUCAGACAGUCUUCUUCCCGUCCAUGUUGGCAUUCCCCUUCCCUUUGUUCUCAUGCCUGUCUGCUGCCCAAGGCUUAGUCCUUACUCAGCCUGACAGAUGGCACAUACCCUGCGCCUCCAACUAACAGGCUACUCACCCCAAAGGGGCAGUCAGGAGGGGAGGGGCUGGCAGCUGGGUUAGAAUUGGAAAGAAAGAGGAAAGUUGGGCAGAGCAGGGAGUCUUAACGAAUCAUUUCCUUCAUCCUUGUUGUUAUGGAAACUGUUGCUAGAGCUAGAAGGCUCUGGGAACUGGACUUUGAGUUUUCACAGGCUGCUGGAGGGAGACAGAAAGUCGGACAGAAAGGGUAGGUCCCAAGGCAAAGUAUCUCUAGUCGGAGACUUAUGCUUCUGGAAAAGCCCUGACUGAUCGAGGGGUGGGUAGGGCAGACCUACUACCUGGAAUGACCACUAAGGCAGUCCCGAGGGUCCUCCAGAUUGGUGACUCAUGUCUCAACCCCACUAGGUUGCCACGCAGCUCAGCAACCUGUGAGCAUAUGGAGACUUGGUUCUCAACGCUUGGGGGGGGGGCGGUGUCUAUAGCAUAAGUGGAGAGGGAAGUAGUACUGGGAGGGAGUAUAGGCGGGGUGCCUGGCCCCUAAAUGUGGUUGCAGAGAGCUCAAGCCCUGGAAGGCUCCCCUACUCAGGCUGGAGGAGCGCCAGCGGCACCGGCGGAGAUGAUUCGGACAUUGGAGUGGGAAGUUGUAGGCAACCAGUUACGCUUGGCUCUGAGUCCUGGGAAUCAGGGAAAUGGCUCAUUCUCCUGAAGACAGCGAGACAGGAGGGAGGGACUUCUGUCCUUUGGGCAGGGUACAGCUGUACCUCAGUAGUGAAGGUCUGUCCCUGGCUGCCUACUCCCUAUCCACUCAGUUCUCUGCCCCGUGACUGCUGCUUCUCAACCCUGACGAAACCACAACCACCCUUUUGAGGUUCUCCAUCCCAUAAUUACUAGCUGUUGUUCUCCAAGGCAGGGGCCCAUGUCCUUUCUUAUGCGUAUACGUAAUACUACCUAUAUUUUAGCCAUCAUCCUAUUUGACAAUUUGAGAAACUGAGGCAUGAGCCUAGUGGACUGGCUCAUAUUCAAGCCGCCUGGAGGCAAGUGACGUCAGACUGCCCUUCCACACCAGAGCACCCUCUCCCGGGCUGGCUGGUGGGCAGGUGAUGGGAAACUGUGCCCAGAAAUGGGGCUGAAAGUGUCUGCUCCACUGCCCUUUCCUCCCCUCUAAGGUCGAAAAAGGAGAGUGGGCCCCCACCCCCGUUCCUCCCAGGACACUGUCCCCUCUCCUCCUACUCCUUGCCACUUCUACUAACCUUCAAAACAGUGCCGUCAACUUUGCUCACUAAGAAGAAAUAAAGACACGUGUC